AUCACCAGAGGAGGCGGCAUUGUCAUGGUCCCUCCUGCACCGGAGACCACCCCUGACGGAAACGUUUUACGUUUCCAGUUGCUGCGAGCCGUGUGUCACCCAAGGCCGCUGUUCCUUCCUGCUGCUCGGCAGCGUGCUGCCCUGAAAGCCUGAAACGGGCGAGGGAACGCGGCCGUAGACCAGUGGCAGUUCUCCUGCUUUGCCGCUGCCCCGGUGCUCCCUCUCGCUUUGGGCCUUCGGGCAGCGCCUUCUCAGCAGUCAGCAGUAAACGCACCCUUCCCGCAGCGCUUCCACGUGCCCGGGGUCACGCUCCCGCGCGCGCGCGCGCAGGCCGCUCCUCCUCCUCGGCGGUCGCCACCCGCCUCGCCGCGCUCGCCCAUCAUUUUCUUUUACCUCACCACGCCACCUUGCUCCAGGCGCCAGCGCGCUCCGCUCCCGCCCAUAGUUUUUUUUCUCCCUCCUCUGGUUUCUGCGCUCCCGCUCUCGGCGUCGUGGGUGGCGAGGGCAAUGCUGGCACCGGCGACGGGGUAGGGGCGCUGCCGGAGCGGGAUGGGGUGCCGGAGCUCGCGCCUGGACGCGGCCGAGGUGUCCCCGGCGGCCUCGCUCUGCCGGGAGAGGCGGGACCUGCUGCGCGCCGCGGCGGACCACCGCGCGCGCCUCGCGGCCGCGCACGCUGCCUACUUCCGCGCGCUCCCGCGCGUCGCCGACGCGCUCGCGCGGUUCGCGAGCCACCACCACGCCGCCACGCCGCCGGCGUCACCCAUGCUCACGCUGCCGCCGCCCUCGGACCACGGCGGCGACGACGACCAGCCCAAGAAGCAGCGGAGCGCCUCCGCGUCCGGCUCCGCCACCCCGCACACCGGCUCCGGCCACUCCCACAUCCACUUCCACUCCGACGACGCCUCCGACUCCGAUCCCGACGCGGGAUCCCCGGACCCCUGCGCCGCCCCCGGGGGCUGCGGCGGCGGCGGCGGACACGGCGAGAUCCCGCAGCCGGCGCCCGCCAUUCGCACAGGCGUUCCCCUGCCGGGCCACGGCGACGGCGAGCCCCAAGAACGCCAAAUCCAUCAGCCAGGGCCUGCCGUGCCGGAGAUGCCGUGGGAGUAUGCUUCCUACAACCCUUACCCUUCGUUCCCAAACUCCGCGUUCCAAAAUGCCACAUUUCCGGGCUACUACUACAUGAAGGCGAGCUCGACGCCGGCGAACACGGUGUACCAAGAACCGUACGGCUACGGCAACUUCGCCACCAGUUCAUCCUACAUGGGGUACAACUACGAGUACAACAACCCCAUGUACGGCGUCCCAUUGCCGCCGGAGGGGGCUCGGCCGGUGGAGGAUCGUCGCAGGGAACCAGAGCCUCCGGCGCCACCGCCGCCGAUGCCAAUGCAGGAGACGUCACCGUGGGACUUCUUUAACCCGUUCGAUUCGUAUGAGCAGGAGCUUCCGCAGUAUAAGGCGAAAGGGUACGAUUCCAAUGGGUCCUUCACGAGCAGCUCCAACUCGAGUGAGGUGAGGGCAAGGGAGGGGAUCCCGGAGCUCGAGGAGGAGACGGAGAUGGAGUCGAUGAGGGAGUCUGUGAAGGCGAGGAAGGCGGUAGAGAGCACAGCGUCCAACCGGAUUGACAAUGUCGAUGUCAGUGCCAAGGUGAAGGUGUCCAUGGAGCACAAGGAGGUUGAGAUUGAGAGUGUGGAUAGUGCGUCGGUACUUGAGUCAGGGGAGGAGAGUGUGUGCAGUUGUGAUUGUGACCAUGCCAAUGCUAGAACAGGAGGGCCGGUGCUACCGGGUGACGAUCAAGGGAAGGUGAAGAAGGUGAGCUCGGAGGAUCACUCAUCCAUAGCAGUCGGUGAGGAUGUACGGCCACCGGACAACAUUGGGACGAGAGAUGUUGCUGAGGUUGUUCAGGAGAUAAAGGAACAGUUCAACUCAGUUGCUGCCUGUGGAGAGGAUGUCGCAAGGAUCCUUGAGGUGGGGAGGAUGCCGUACAGAUCAAGGAAUAAAGUCUUAAGAUUGAUAUUUUCAAGGAUGAUGGGGACUUUUGCCUUGCUGUUUUCUUCCAUAUCAGAGCCACCAGUGAAGAACUUGGAACAAUCAGCAAUGAAUUCAUCCAAAAGAAGUCAAAAUUUGAGUAAAAGAUUCGACUUCUCCAGCGAUGUUGAACUUAACACUCUUUCCGCAACAAUGGAUAGGUUGUACGUGUGGGAGAAAAGACUUCAUAAGGAAAUUAUGGAGGAAGAGAGAUUGAGGAUUACAUAUGACAAAGAAUGGAAGCGCUUGAAAGAGUUGGAUGCUACUGGUGCAGAGCCAUAUAAGAUUGAUACAACACGGGCCUCUAUUAGGACACUGCUCACCAAAAUCAAUGUUUCCGUUAGAUCAGCUAAAGUUAUUUCUAGGAGGAUUCACAUACUACGAGAUGAUGAGUUGCAUCCACACCUUGUCACACUUAUCCAAGGGCUUGUUAGGAUGUGGAAGUUUAUUCUUGAGUGCCAUCGGAAGCAAUUUCAUACCAUACUUGAAACUAAAUCUCAUAUUCUCAUCCCUAAGAAUGGACCCGAAAGAAGCUCCUCCAAGGUUACAUUAGAACUAGAACUGGAGCUUCUGAACUGGUGUUCCUGUUUCAGGAAUUGGAUCCUAUCCCAAAAAGCUUAUAUCGAAACCCUCAAUGGCUGGCUUGUGAAAUGGCUCCCUCAGGAAAAGGAAGAAACUCCGGAUGGCAUUGCACCGUUCUCUCCUGGUAGGCUUGGAGCACCUGCUGUGUUCAUCACAGCUAAUGAUUGGUGCCAAGCCAUGAAAAGGAUACCAGAAGGUAGUGUCAUAGAUACGAUGGAGGCUUUUGCAGUUAAUGUGCAUGUAUUGUGGGAGCGGCAGGAUGAAGAGCAGCAGCAGAAGUUAAAAGCUGACUAUCUGUCUAGAGAUUUCGCAAAGCGGCUGAAAUCUCUUCAGAAGGAACAUGGCUUGCAAGGACAAUUUGAAGCGGAUAAGACAGCGUUGCCCAUUGCCGACAAUGGUAGGGCGGUUGAUAACCGCAUGGUUGCAUUGGAUACAUUGCAUAAAAGGUUGGAUGAGCAAAGAGCUAGACAUGAGGAAACUGUGAAACAAAUCCGAGAGGCAAGUGCUGCAGAUCUGAAAUCAGGCCUGGCUCCAAUAUUUGAAGCACUGGAAUCUUUCACCCAGGAAACACUGAGAGGUUAUGAAAAUGUCAGGAUUACAGUUGGAAGUGGUUGAGCUUGAUUCAGAUUUUCUUUUGGCAGCUCCUGAUACCUAAAGUACACAAUUCUCGCUGGAUCAGUGGGUAAUGUUUAAUUCUUCCAAUGGGCUAUUGACAAUCAGAAACUGCCUUCCAUUUGCCAGCCAUUCACAAGCACAACACCAUUGUACUUACUACUUGGGGUAAUGUUGAAUCCAUCCAAUGUACAAGAAAGGACAGCCCGUUAUUUCCUGUAUGAUUGUGCGCGAAGCAACGUUGCGUGCAGAUGCUUUGAGAUGACUCUGAUUUCUAAGGUAGCAAAUUCAGGUGGAGCUUCCCUCAGUUCUUUCUAGCCAGUAGCUGGAGCUACUCACAGGGAGCUGCCAAAGUGCCAAGUAGCCUAGAACUCAGUCAAGUUGGAGAGCCCUCAAAGGAGGGGAAGACAAUUUUGUAGCCAUUCUCAGCUUGUGUACAUAUUAGCUAAGUUAGUGAAUUCGCAGUCGCAGGCUAGCUCGUUGUUUAAGUAGAGUUUUAUCUGUACAUUGUAAAAAGCGGUAUUUAUGCUCCAAUGUUCCAUGAUGUUAGUCUUCUGAAGAGCAUACAGGUUACUAAGGAGCUAAAUGCGACGGUAUCUGAAGUUGGUGAAUAUCGUUGUCAUUAA